CAUGGCUGUCCGGGGCGCCCUCCUGCUCCUGCUCCUGCUCCUGCUGGCUAUCUGUGGCUGCUGCUGUGGCCUCUCUUCUGCUUCCUCCUCCUCCUCCUCAGCUUUCCCGCAUCACCUGGUCCAGCUGAGCUCCCGGCGCAGCACCUGCAAGCCCGUGCCCAGCAGCAUGAGCCUCUGCCACGGCGUGGGCUACAACGAGAUGCGGCUGCCCAACCUCCUGGGCCACGACACCAUGAAGGAGGCCCUGCAGCAGGCCGCCUCGUGGGUGCCCCUGCUGACCAAACAGUGCCACCGGGAGACCAAGAAGUUCCUUUGCUCCCUCUUUGCCCCCGUGUGCAUCAGCCAGAUGGAGGAGCCCAUCUUCCCCUGCCGGUCCCUCUGCGAGGCCGUCCGAGACAGUUGCGUGCCCGUCAUGGCUGCCUUCGGCUUCCCCUGGCCAGAAAUGCUCAACUGCAGCCGGUUCCCUCGAGGGAGCGAGCUCUGCAUCCCCCCAGUGGGCCCGGAGGACCAGGAGCAGCUCCUCCAAGAAGACGCCGUCUGCACAGCCUGUCUUGAUUCUGGGCCGAGUGAGAAGGAUUUCCUGGAGAAAGUCUGCAACCAGGAUUUUGCUCUGAAAAUGACCGUCAAAUCCUUAUCCGGUGUUGGGGGGGACCUGAAGGUGAUCCCAGAGCUCCGGGGCCGGACGCUUUACAAGCAGGACGGCUGGUCCGAAGAUGAGCGGAAGAAGCCAGUCCUGUGGCUGGCGGAUGGCGAGGCCUGCUCCUGUGAAGAGCUGGCGGGGGGGCCGGGCGCCACGGUCCUCGCUAUGGGGCACCGGCUCGGCAACCGGCUCAUCCUUUCCUGGGUCAGGAGGUGGAAACACGGAGAGAAGGAGCUGAAGAAGUUCUCCAGGGCGGUGCGGAAGCUGCAGUGUUAGAGGCAGGUCCUCGCUGACCACCACCCUCGGUGCCUUCCGCCAACUAUGGACCAUUGCAACUGAAGCCAGGGCCUGCACUGAACCUUGCGUGCACCCGGUUCCUCCGUAUCGCAGAAGAAUUGAAUGGUACUAAGGGGAUAGUUAGCAAGCUCCGAGGAACAGAAACGGUCAACGGGUUGUCCUGUGGGGCGGUGAGAAGGAAAUUGUGGGGGAGGGGGCAAUAAUAAAGUGGCAGGAUGAGAAAUACAACAGAGUGAGGGGGCGCCUUUUGCUAGACAAUCAUGAAGCCUGGAAGUGGUCAGGGAGCAAUUCUGGUGUUCUUUUUUUAAGCCAAACAUGCAGCCAUAUGAAACAGAACUUGUAGCCUGAAUCGCGUUGACCAGGGAGCGACACCGGCUUAUGAAUUUAAAGCCCACAUCAGAACAGAAGCCAUGGCUUGCUGGAGGGGGCCUUCACCUGUCUAGUCCAGCAGUCUCUCUGCCCACAGGAGACCCAACAGUUUCAUGCACACCAGAUCCUUGCAGGCAGCAGAAGGCUGCCUGCCCACAUUGGCACAAAAGCAACUCAGGGCAGUUUUGGGGUGGUUCCCCCUCGAGCAGCACCAGCCUGUUUGGUGACUUUGCAGCCCAGGGUGGGAACCCGGAAAAUGGGUGGAUUUGGUAGCCAGGCAAAACACAAUGCCUGAACUGAGCCUACCGAGUCAUUGAGGGGGCUCGGGACUGACUCAGACCAAAGUGGCCACCAAGUCUUUCAGCCGCCCUGGCUCAGCUGGUGGGGCGGACGGCCACCGCAAAUCCUGAAGGCCCCAUGUCAGCCAGGUUUGCGCUGCAGGCUGGACUGGAGUGGGCUUGGCUAGUGGGCGGCUCAGUGUCUCGCAGGAUUUUAGCCAUUGGCACCCCAGAACUUGGAAAUGGUCUGAGUGAGAUUUGCUUCCUGCGCUCACCUGUCUUUUGUCUUACCAUCUGCAAAGCUUAUUUUGUAAGUUCCUGAAGUGGCGUUUCUCAGCCUCAGCCGCUUUAAGACGAGUGGACUUCAACUCCCAGAAUUCCCCAGCCAGCCAUGGGAGCCAUGGGACUUCUGGGAGUUGAAGUCCACUCGUCUUAAAGUGGCUGAGGCUGAGAAACGCUGUCCCAAAGCAUCCAAGGUGGGUGUGAGGGACCCAGCAGGAGCAGAUCUUAGACCCUGGGCAGCUCAAACAUCCAUGUGUUUGAUCUGCACAGAGAGCCUCCUAUUGCAAGAAGGGUCUACCCGCCUUCUAAUUAAUCCUCAUUGGUAAAGGUGGAAUCAUUCACUAUCCCAGCCCCUGUGGGGAGGGGGCUGUUGGCUGCGCUUUAGAACUCCGAUAACGCCGCUGUCUUGCUCUAGCCAAAACGUCCUUCCGGCCAGCCAUCAGAAAUGGCCCCUCUCGACUUCUGUUCUGUGACUUUGUUAUUCCUUAGCUAAAUAGUUUGCUGUCAUUAAAGGAAGCCCAUGUACCCA